AUGACAGGUCAACAGAGCAUUCGACGGCCCAACCCGACACUUUCGGACAGUGUCUUCAAAAUGUUCAGCCUGCAUGGAAAAGUCGCCAUUAUCACUGGUGGCACAGGCGGGAUCGGUUACAAUGUUGCCCGUGGCCUGGCUGAAGCCGGGGCCGAUAUUGCUCUGUGGUAUCAUAAGUCUACUCAGGCAGAUGCUUUGGCCAGCGCGCUUCAAAAAGACUUCGGCAUCAGGGCGAAGGCGUACAAAUGCUCUGUGCAGAAUUUCGAUGAGGUUCAAACGACAGCCGACGCUGUGAUCCGCGACUUCGGCCGAUUGGAUAUUAUGAUUGCAAAUGCGGGUAUCCCAUCCAAGGCUGGUGGCCUAGAUGACAAAGUGGAAGACUGGCAACGAGUGGUUGAUAUAGACUUCUCUGGGGCGUAUUACUGCGCUCGCGUUGCCGGCACAGUAUUUAAGAAGCAAGGUUCAGGUAAUAUGAUCUUCACGGCAUCCAUGUCCGGCCAUGCAGCAAAUGUCCCCCAAGAGCAGGCUUGCUAUAAUGCUUGUAAGGCGGGCGUGAUUCACCUAGCCAAAUCUCUCGCCGUAGAAUGGGCCAGUUUCGCACGUGUGAACUGUGUUAGUCCUGGCUACAUCGACACUCCAAUUAGUGGAGACUGUUCUUUUGAGAUGAAGGAAGAGUGGUAUGGCCUAACACCUCUCAAGAGAGAUGCUGAUCCUCGCGAGUUGAAAGGCGUUUAUCUAUAUCUUGCCAGUGAUGCCAGCACAUACACAACUGGUGCCGACAUUGUAGUUGACGGAGGCUACACCUGUCGAUAA